AUGACCUGCAUACUUCAUCUCCUUCUAUUGUGGAAUGUCUUCAUACGCUGUAGCAGUGGAAACUUUGGUGCUGAAAUAAAAAGAGGAAGAAAGAGAGUUGGAAUAAAAUCAGCUGAAAACGCCAACUCUAAAAUUUCAACUUCGACUCCAAAGAGCCCUUCCAAUGAGAAAACAACGAAACAUCGCUCAAAAUUAAAAUCAAUCUCGCAAACAUCCUGGGACAGAAGACAACUUAUUGCACGAUCAUCGACAACGCAAGCUUGCAAAACCAAAGUGGACCUUGGAUUUCUACUAGAUGGUUCCGGAAGUGUCAACCACUAUGGUGCUGGUAAUUUCGAUAAGUGCAAGGAAUUCGUCAAAGCCCUCAUACACGCUUUCGUUAUAUCUCCUGAUGAUACGCGAGUUGGUGUAAUCUUAUUUUCCUCUAGAAGUGAACUUCAGUUUGACUUCACUCAGUUACAAACAGAACAGGCAGUAGAAGCCGCGAUUGACCGAAUCAAAUAUCCCGGAUAUACGACGAAAACUGGCGCUGCACUAAAGAUGGCGGGAGAACGUUUAUUCAACAACGUUAGGGGGGGUGUACCCCGAGUGCUCAUUGUUAUAACUGACGGGAGAGCAGGCGAUGACGUGAGAGCUCCCGCGGAAGCUCUUAGAAACAAAGGAGUUAUCAUAUUUUCAGUUGGGCUUGGCAAUUUGAGACGACUAAGGAGAUUUCAACCCCAGCUGGAGGCUAUGGCGAGUGAAUCAAUACCGGAGCAUUUGUUCACCGCUGAUUUUCCGGAUAUGAUGUCUAUAGUUACAGCAAUACAGACAAACCUAUGCAGAUCUGCAGCUAAGGCCGUCGCAGAAGGAACAACGGGAGGAGCAAAGAGGGCCGUGGACCUUGCCGUACUUGUAGAUGGAUCAAUGAAUAUCAAAGGAGGACUGAAAUUCCAACUCGUUAUGAAUUUUGUCACUGACUUCUUCCAUUCAUUUAAUCUGGGGGAUAACGUUAGAUAUGGAUUGGCUGUCUUUGGCAGCAGCGUUAAGGUCGUAUUUGGAUUUAACCAGUAUACCUCUAUGUAUGACGUCGAUGCGGAAAUAGCAAGUGUAACCUUGGUCGGAGGCAGAUGUAAUGCAGGCGCUGCCCUGAUAGAAUGCCAGAGAUCUCUGUUUGUCGGUAAUGCAGGAGGAAGGAAACGCAUUCUUCUUGUCCUCAUGGCAGGGAAGUCAAUUGAUGACGUCUCAGUAGGUGCUGGUUAUUUGAAGAAAGCCGGAGUCAGGACAAUGGUUAUUAGAAUGGGUAGUUCUUACGAGCAGUCCCAGCUCUCUACUAUGGCGUUUACCCCAGAUUACAUUCUGAGAGCAAACACACUCCUUGAGUUACCUGGGGUUAGGGAAGAAGCUGCUGGAUUUUUAUAUCAAGGUCCAUAG